AUGUCCGACGAGCUGAGUCAUUCCUUCAUCAAAGUCCGAAUUGCGGCUUUGCAAUUGCUUGUCCGGUCCAAGAACCCUGAUGCUUUCCAUAUCGCUAGGCACCUCACAAACCGAGUCACGACUUUCGUCGACCCAAGCGGUUCUCUUCGCUUGGCCAAACGAAGACUUGUUCGCGCCCGUCGUUAA